AUAUGUGUAUAUAUAUGUACUCAUUUGUAAUUAAGGUGAUUGUCAACUGUAUUAUAGUUCAAACAAAGAACUUCGUGUUCGCAUUGAGUCUUUUUUUACUCGACUCAGCACGUCAUCUGUUGUCAAUUUGCUGACUCUGAAGAAGAAGAAGUUGUGCUUUUAUAUGAUUUCUUGCAAACACGCAACAAGUUAAAAAAAAGACCUGAAGGAAAAAAUCAAUUAGAAGUCACAAAAAUUAUGGACCAAUUGUAUUUCAAAUUAUAAAUAAGUUAUCUGAGCUUUAAAAUGUAUCGUUAUACGGUAAAUUCGCUUAUUGGGGAAGGUUCAUUUGGACGUGUUUAUAAAGCGACACGCAAAGAUGAUGACCAAACAGUGGCGAUUAAAGUAAUAUCAAAGCGUGGCCGUUCUAGUAGGGAAUUGAAAAAUUUACGUCGCGAAUGCGAUAUACAAGCACAACUCAAGCAUCCCAAUGUGAUUGAAAUGCUGGAAUCGUUUGAGACCAAAAAUGAAUUGGUUGUGGUUACUGAAUUUGCUGUUAUCGACCUGCAUCGCUACAUGUCCCGUCAUGGUGCUUUAAACGAAGAACAGGCACAACAUUUAAUUUGCCAUUUGGUUUCAGCAUUGUAUUACUUGCAUUCAUAUCGCAUUUUGCACCGCGAUUUAAAGCCUCAAAAUGUUUUACUGGACGAAGACUUAAAUGCUAAACUCUGUGACUUUGGCUUGGCUCGUAAUAUGACUAUGGGUACCCAUGUGUUGACAUCUAUUAAAGGCACUCCUUUGUAUAUGGCACCUGAAUUAUUGGCAGAACGCCCCUAUGAUCAUCAGGCUGAUUUGUGGUCAUUAGGAUGUAUUUCGUACGAAGCUAUAGCUGGUCAACCACCAUUUUGUACAACGUCAAUCUUACAUUUGGUGAAAAUGAUUAAACAUGAAGAAGUGAAAUGGCCAAGUUUCCUUACCAGUGAUUGUAGAUCAUUCCUGCAGGGUUUAUUGGAAAAAGAUCCUUCAUUGCGUACCAGUUGGACUCAAAUACUCUGUCAUCCCUUCGUAGAUGGGAAAUUGUAUAUCAAAGCCGGAGUAAAGGCGGAAAAUUCACCUUUUAUUAAUCCACAGGCCAACAAGUCUAAAACGAAGGUUAUUGCAACCGCGAAAGCAACUUUGGACCUAAAACAAAUAACAAAAAAUCUUCAGAUAGUAAAACUUGAUCAAAUGGAGGACAAUCUUAGCACCUCGCGUGACAGUAUUAACGCUAUACCAGCAAGUGAUCUUGACCCUUUAGAAACCGAUAUUGAAGAGAAUCUUAAUCGCGUCGUAGUGCCAUUUAUCGAACAAUCGUUUAAAGAAAAUAAUCAAGCAUCGAACGACUUUGACACAAAAAUACUCGAAUUGACUGCCCAACCGGCUGUUAAUUCGCAAACUUGUUUUGUCAGUGGUAACAAUAAUAUGAUUUUGAAUCACUUAAAUGAUAACUUCAAUAUUACCCUUACUGCCAACACCAAUACCAAAAUUGUAAAUCAUCUAUCGAAGCCUAAACUAUCCAAAUCACGUAAUAAAGAUUUGGAAAAGCGUAAGUUAAGUCAAAAUUUGGAUAAUUUCUCGUUACGCUUGGGUCAAAGUCAAGAAACUGAGCAACAACAACAGGCAAGGAGAAUUAGUGAAAAAGUUUACAAAAAGGAAGGAAAUAAAGGUGCAAAGGAUAGCAAAGUAGGGCAACUGAGAUGUUCGAUGCUAUCCUUAGAAGAGAAGCGCAAUAUGGAAAAUUCACCACCUUGCCUUUUGCCAGGAUGGGAUUCUUGUGAUGAAUCUCAAAGUCCUCCGCUUGAAAAUGAUGAAUGGUUGGCCUUUUUGCACCGUUCUAUACAGGAAGUAUUAGAUGGAGAAUUGGAGUCUCUGAAACAGCAAAACUUGGUCAGCAUUAUUGUCGCCCCUUUACGAAACUCUAAAGCAAUACCUAAAGUUAUGGAUAGUGUGGCCCAGCUGCUAGCGUUGCCAUUCGUUUUAAACGAGCCUGUUAGUAUUUUAGAGGUUAUCAAAACGGUAUAUGUCGAUGUUAAAUUAGUGCCAAAUUUAAUGUAUGCCUCCAAGCUAUUAAUUUAUCAACGAAAUAUUAACGAUUCUACAGCUUCCUUACCUCCUGCUCACUCGACAGCUAGUCAGCGUCAACUUAGAGCUCUCAGUGAACUAAACAAUGAAGAGAUGAAAUGUGCUUCCCGACUCUACGAACUUAUUUGUCAUUUGGUUCACUUAAGGUUACAAUUUCUAUCGCAAUUUUGUGAUGCCGUAGCUAUUUUAGCAGCUGAUGACUUAAUGAUUACUUUUAUAAAUCAAGACUUUAAGAAUUCGUUUGGCUUACGUAUAGCGAAUUGUGUUUUGGCUUUGCUAGGUUGUGUCUUAAGACAAUUACCUGAAAAUGCGGAGCUGGUAGAAAAUAUUGUCUUAUCCGAUAAAGUAAAUUUGCCUGAUCUGCUAAGUAAUAAAAACGACUUGAUGCGUUUGCGCAUGUGCAUGUUGAUACGUCUGCUUGGACGGUUCAGCAUGAGAGCCUUGCAAAAAGUCUGGUCUAGCGACCUUAAAAGAGCGAUGGAAACCUUAGCUGAAGAUGAUAACUCCGAAGUUAAACAGGAAGCUGAAAAUACUCUUGCGGAAUUGUGUCAGUUUAGUUUUUACACUUAACUAUUAUUGCUAUUUUAUUUUUAUUCUCUUUUUUACCGAAAAUAGCUAUUAAGUGUACCUUGAAAAUAAUCAAUUAUAUCAUUUAAAUAAUUGGGUAAG